CGAAGCUGCCUUUGAGAACCUUUUUUUGAGAUCGCGUUGCACGCGAAUUUCAUUCCGUUGGAAUACACUUUCUCGCGCUGUUCUCGUUGAAUCUUUUAUGAAAUAUGACCUCCUUUUAAUUGUUCCCUUUGAAAUGUUGUGUGCAAAUGUAUAAUUUUGUUCUUAGAUUCUUGUAUUAUACCUUCUUGAUCACGCAAUCGCUGAACCACGUUGGAUUAUUACGCGGGAACGUACGGAAUUACGCCGAAUUAUAUGAGAAACACGAACGAUCGAACGAUAGAUUUGCCUGUUAUAUGCGCAACAAGCUGCACGAUCGAAGUGCCGUUCAUUUUUCAUCGGCCAAUCGACGUUUUUCUCCUUCGCGAAAACGCAUUCUUGUUCCUUCAAAUAUUCAUUACUAUAUUCGUAUUUUAAUCGAGGUGCACGCUAUGUGAAUCCAAAUUGCGGGCCAAAUUUAUUGGAAAAUUCUCUAAUAACGCGGUUGCAUUUUCGACUAUAAAACUUCAUUCGCGACAUAUCGUCAUUGUAACUUUUAAUGCUGUCGCGUUUUCCUUGUAAAUAUUUAAGUUCCAAAUGAGAUUCGCUAUUAUCCUCAUUACGAAUUAAAAUGGAGAGAGGUCGAUUUUGAAACUAUGUAACGACGACUGUACUACACCGUCUAUGAUUUUCAAAGACGAUUUGCCGCGGUCCGUUGAAUUGUGGACAUUAUAAAUUAAAUAAAAACAUCACGUUUUUAGUCUCGCUGAGACACUAGCUCGUCAGUAAGAUAAUGUCCUUACGUCACAAAGAACCGAGGUCAUAUUCUGACCCACCUAUUUGACCUCAUUUAUCGCGUUGUUGAUAUAUAACGUUGUGCUCGCGUUCAUGUAUGAUUCAAGACCUUGUACGAUGUCCUUGUUGAAGGUUAAUAAGAUUGCGUCUUGAUAAUUAGUGCGAUGUAAAAAGAAGUGCCGCGCAGAAUACACAUGCACGUUAUGCUACGUUAUAUACUUUCUCUUGUCUAAGUUGCUUUUGUUUAAACGCGGGAAGAUAGAUUAUAUUUAACGAUAGAAUCUCUAAAAGCUCGCGAGAGAUCAAAAUUACAGAAACCUUUGCAUAACAGUUUUGCUGGUGCGCGAGAACGCGAUGACUGUGUAUUAAUUAAUUCAUGAUGCAAUUAACGACCUCUCGGAAUAUUUUCCACGCAAUCAUAAAUUCCGCGUAAUUAACUUUCCAAGUUGAGUUGAUAUGCAUUGCAUAUUUACAACCAUAAAAAUCGCUCAAAGAUGCAGGCUCGAAUUUUAUCAGAAGAUACGCGCGCUUUUCCCCUCCAAUCGUACGAUCCGAGUACUCAACGAUUUUUUGAUUAACCUUCGUGCGGAUACGCGAAUACACGUUGAAAAAUAAUUUUUUCAAUUUUACGGCACCCGCAAUUUUCCAGUACGCACAGAGAAAAAGUUAGUUCACCUAACUAAAAUUGUAGUUACUUUUGACCCCAUUAUAUUUUUUGCUUGUUUUGCAACACGAAAAUGCUAACAUGCAUAUAAAGUUGUUAUCACUAACUUUACAGUAGAAUUUGAUAAAUCAACGAUUUUCUCGGCGACAAUUUAUAGUGACUAUUUCUCUACGCGAUUAUAUAGCUACAAACAUCAAAGAUUUUCUUGUCAGUGUAUCUUUUUCAUUUGUCAGCCCACUCGCUGCUUGCGGCUUUAACGUAUAUGUAAUAGUGGAAAAUCGUGUAUGCGAUUUUGAGCGACGAGGGACGCAAUUUUAUCGUUCGCGAGGACGGUCGGAGGAAAUCCAAGCGAGGACAGGAUGGAGUAGCGCGCACAGUGCGAGAUCUCCGAUAAUCGAACGGAUCGAGUGACCUCCAUUCGCGGGUCGCAAGACAUCCAGUCAGCGAGUGCGUCGGGAAAAACGCCGAGUGAAACCGUGAUCGGAUUGUCGCGUCGAUCUCACGUCCCUUUUCAUUUUCUCCCUCGCGCGCGUUCCUCGACGUGCAUCUCGCGGGAUUCCGGCUUCCCGUUGGCAUCAAAGGGACUGUUCGUCUUCAGGAUUUCGUUACUUCGAGGACGUGACUUGGGAAUGAGUUGGCGAAUCGCGCGUAAUCGGAAGGCGACAUCGCCGGCGAUGCGAAUGAGGUGCACGGCCGAAUAAUGCGUCACGAAGCGAUCUUGCGGAAUCAUCGUUACGACAUCGCCCGAGGGGAAGGAUGCAGCACGGCAAAGCUGGAUAGAAGACGCCGAACGUUCGACAAGGUGUAUGUGCAGACUGCCGGCAUCUCGGUUCUGGACCGCGAAAUCGCACGGCUACGAUAAGAAGCAGAAGUGGAUACGGACAAGUGUGCGGAAGGAUACGCGGCCCAUACCCGGCCCGCCAUCCUGGCGGCAUGGUCCUUUGGGCCACGAUACUAAUCCUCCAAGGAGCUGGAUUCGUAGGCUCGGUGACAGGCAUUCCCGGCGUCCCGGAAAACAUAACGGUGAUGUUCCUGAACCCGACGUCCGUGCGCGUGUCCUGGAGCACCAGUCAGGUCGAGCAGGUCGAGAAAUACGACGUCACGUACAAACCAACCGACGCCAGUUACAGGGUGGUGGCGGUGGUCGCAGGAAACAGCGAAGCGGUUACUUUGAGCGGCCUCCGGGCUGAUACGCAAUAUCAGCUGGUAGUAACCGCCGUGAGGGCCGGAAAGAAGUUUCGAAGUCGACCGAUCGUCUUCCGUACACUCGGUAAGCUUUGCCUUCCUAAGCUUUACCUGUCUCCGGCGUCACGGUCACAGGCGAGAGAGCCACCACGCACGUCCCCGCAGCAAGAUGCAGCGGUAACCGGUGGUCCUCUUCCUCCACCUCCACCGUCCUCGCAACAACCUCAACAACCGUAUAUACAAAUCCGCGGCGUCGAGGUGGGCAUAGUAGUGUUAGUGCUGAUAGUCUGGGCGGGCGCGAUCGCGCUUUUCUUCAAUCGCUGGGGCAAGAUCCGCAUGUUGCUGCCUUAUCAGCCCGACUACAAGGAGCAACUCAAGGUCCCCGGCACCGGCGUGUGCGCGGCCGCGAACGCCGCGUACACGCAACACCCGACGCAGCACGCGUGCUCUCAGCAUCUGCACUGGUCGAGCCAUCACGUGGAUUCCUUAGACAGCGGCGGAGCUUUAGGCUGGCCGAGAACCCCGAGGCCACGCGUGAACAGCGCCAUCGACGUGGCCGGCUUCCUGUCCCAGGAAUUCCUCCGACGUCACGGGUCCACGUCGAAGUUGUGCCGUAAGGUUCGCAGUGCAGAUAACUUACCUCUCGCGUCGACGAAUCGCCAAGAUCCGCGCAGAAACUCCAAGGACGAAGGUGUCGAGGGCGACCGCGAAUCCUUUCUGAAGCCGAGUCAAGACGACAGGUCCGAGGAUCAGGACUCGAGGAGACAAAGCAGCCUCGACAGCGCGCCGAAGGACAAUACGGAGACGUCGCUGUUGGAGCCCAAUAAUCUACAACCCUCCUCGAGGGACUCCCCGGUAGCGUCUUCGUCGUUGGUCGCCAGACGUUUUAGCGGAUGGCGCAAUAGCGGAAAUCACGAGUACGUGCCCAUCAGAUGCCCAGUGCGACAGCCUGCUUCCAUGGACGAGCGGUGUUACCGGCGAUACGACUCCGAGACCACUCGUCCGUCAUCGCGGUACCAUCAUCGGCGCCCAGACGCCGACCGGCACUCGAAGAGCUGCGACUACUCUCGCCGCACCACGGAGUCGAGCAUCGAAGUGCAGCACUUCGGCCUGCCGAUUCUCAGCGUGAGCGAGCCGAGCCCGCCGGACGAGAGCGAGCGCGUCGACGACUACUUGUAGGACUUGCUUGCCGAGGACUUCCUGAAGGAGCUCCUCGUGUGAACCUCCCGCAUUUUGCCUCGCCCGCCUGCAGCCGCGAGCUCGCCGGGCCCGCCCGCGCGGGACCGCGAGCCGCGACGUCGCGACCGGACGUUUGACCCCUUGCUCCUUCUCCUCUCUCUUUCUUCCUCCCCUUGUGUCCCCAUCCCUUCGAACAACCGCGGUACCAUUGUUCACGCGAAUCCGCGACGCUGUAUACUUGCGUUUCUUCGGGGGAUCGCGUCCAAGUAAGUCUCUACAGAGAAGGAAAGAGAGAGAAAGAGAGGAAGGAAGGAGAAGAGAAAGAACAUGUAUGUGCGUGUGUGUGUGUGGGUGCAUGUGUGAGAGCGACCUGCCUCUAUUCCUUCUAAGCGAUACUCUCGUGCGUGUUACUUUAGAGAAAACUUCGAAGGUUAUAAAUAAUAUAUUUGCUACUCGUAUCUCGUAGGAACUUCUCUGCGCGGAGAGCGCUCGCGUUUCCCACGCGGAUCUCGCUCACACUCACAGCCUACCGAAAGCGCCGAAUAUCGAUCGCUCUUCGGUAAUCCAUAUCCUACCUACGAUAUAAUUCCGGGGAAUAAUCGACGUGCCCCGUGUCCUCGACGCGUCGAAGGAGAAAGCGAAGUCCACUUCGAGUACGCGAGCGUCCGCCGCGUUGCAUCAAACUUCAAAAGCUCGGCAUACACUCAAAUAACGAACGAGCAGUGAACGCAAACUUUUGUUUUACGACUGACAACGUAUGCCUUAACGAAUAUGCAGAACGUACGUCUUAUUCGAGCCGAUUCGCUCAUGGUACGGCUUAUAGGAGAAGUACAUGAAAUUUAAUAUUCUUUAGGCCUAAAAAAGCUAGUCGCAGGAUUUUAUUUGCGAGAUUUAUCUGCGAGGGAAACUAAUCUCGGAAGUAAAAUCCUACAACUCUUAUAGGCCUAAAGAAUAUUAAAUUUAAUAUAGUUGUACAUUUGAAGAGCUAUACUUCUAUUGCUUUAUAGAAGAAGGUUUGUGCACAAGUUGGACGCAGAUAUAUCACACGUUCGCUGUUCGUUCGCUGAGUGUAUAUCCGGCUUAAGACGUGCUCGACGAAUACACAGGUGGAACAUAAGAUCACGAUAGCGUCAAAAUGACGAGGAGAUGAUCAAAUCGUAAUUGAAAAGUGAGCUUUUCCUUGACAGUCUGACAUCAUUUCGAUAAUGUCCUCGUGAUUUUCUGUCCUGCUCGAGCGAUUUUCUUAUUACUUCGAUAUUACUGAUUGGAUCGACGCCAAUUCGACGUGAUUGCAAACGACACAUGAUUUACGAGCCGCGAAAUACGGGGACCAAUCGAGCCACAUCGAUGCGUUCGCGUUUUAUCAUAAGAGCACGCUUUCCCAUGCCGGAGAUUUCGGUAAGAUCACGUUACAUCAUAGUAUCCGAAACUUGAGGUCGAAACGAGCCGUGUCAAUUGAGAAUUGAUCCUUUGUCGACAGCUGAGCUGAGUGGCGAAAUCGCAGGAACUGGAGACGCGUAUCGCGUGUAUCGACACACGUUAAAUUCAAUCCUUCGCUCUUCAUCUACCCUCUCUUCCAUCUCGUCAACGAUUAAUUCCCGAAAACGCCUCAAAAAUACCAAAAUGUCUUUUUUUUCUUGUUCGUGACUCCGUCACUGUAUUUUCAGCCUUCCACGAGGAUAUUUAUGACUAUUUGGCACACUGUUCACACUCCUAGUAUCCUUUCUAUAUUAACUAUUUCUUAUUUUUCUCUUAAUCUUUUCCAAUAUUCUCUAUUCCUAAAUAUUUCUUAGAAAUAAUUCUAAGAUAUCCUCUAAAAAAUCACGUCUGAACAAAUUCGAAUGUCACGACAGUUAAAUCGGAACUAACCAACAUGCGUUUUGAUAAACUUAGGUUACCGGGUUAACUUAGUUAACCUUAAACCUAACCUAAUUGAGUAAAAUAACCUAAAAUCUCAUUUGACAAAUAAGUAUUCGAAGUCUCAGCUUGACGGGCUUUUUUAUCCGACGAUCCGUAUGAGCGGAGAAAUGAGCGCUUGUAUCGAAGCGCGCUCGCCACGCCGUGUUGUGGAAACGGAAGCAGGUCCGCAUUCCGUCGCGUCUAGUCGUGUUGACAUGCGUCAGCUGGAACGCGGACCUACCUCUACUUCGCGUCGGUUGCGUCAGGCUGUCAGCUGAUCGCUCGACCUUGUGACCAGGUCAGUAACACGAUCGCGCGGUCAGUAGAUCGAAGUGGUCGAUACCAAUCACGCAUGCGUACUGCACUCUUGCGACCACAUGAUGGCGCCAUCACACUUGUCUACCUGGAGUUCCCAUCGUUCGUCAUUUGUACGGAGGAAAUUAAAUUGUUUCACAGCGAAUUUUGUACAGAAAGAAGAUAAUAAUAUAUACAAAUUGCAGACAUUCCGGGCACCAUAAAUAUGUAAGAAACAUGUUAGAGACGUCUAAAAGUAUCCUACUUGUCUUAGAUGUCUUUAGAACGUCUUGAAGACGUAUCUUACACAUCUGUUUGGCAUAUAUACGUGUGACUUUUACUGAUUGAUCGUUGUAUUAUUUAAAAACCGCGUUAGGCUGAAUGAGAGCGACGCUACCGUCUCUUCCGAUCGCGAAAAUAAGAUGUUUCCUUAUUUAUGCGCUUAUUCCCUCAAUUAUAGCACGUCGCGGAGAAACACGUGAAGCAAGCGCACCGAAGUUCUUGUUACGACGAACGAAUCCCGAAAUCCCGAAUUAUUUAUACACACACGUCGAUGCAUCUCUCUCGCCGUCGUAUCAGGCGCGUCGCCGAAAUAGCUUUCGCUAACAAUGAAGGAGAACCGCCGCUCGAUAUUAAACAUCGAGCGUUAAACAUACAUGUCCACCGUAGAAUUCCGCCGUGACGGAAUUGCAACUUCAAUCCAAUGCGCCGCGGAUCGAUAUGCCAGGUCGCCCUUGGAUCUUCGGCGCGAACACUGUCGCACGUUUCAUGGCGGAGGGUCUUCGGUGUGCAGGGCGAGCGAACGACCGACGUGCGCGUUUAUACCAUCGCCGCCACCGUAGCGACUGCGUGAGAAGAUCGAUAACACAACCUUAACUCUUUCGCGAUUGCCUAGAUUGCCGUGCAUUUUCAUUGUCCCCGCGCAUUGAUCCCGAUGAUAUGGCGCGCUUACCGACGAAACUUUCGCAAAAUGAGAGAUCUCGUCAGCAAUAUCGAAUCUUCGAGAAUCUCUCGAGCGGGGAGAGGAAGAUGACCAACAAUGUGAUCUCCUUACCAUGCGCCGCGCGACGUAAACUAUCAUGGGCUUUCAUGUGUAUUGUCUACAACGAUCGUGCGACUCACAUGCUCGCCGCGCUGUCUCCCCCGGGCCGAAGAGACGACGCGGGCGUAUCGAAUAUCUGUAGGGGAAACUUGGAACCAGCGGCUCUCGCGGCCGCCUAAAUUUUAUAUGUAUUUGAGUUUAUAUAUAUACAUACAUAUGUAUGUGUACGUGUCUCUCCUACGAACACUUCAUACGUCACGAGUUAAUCGGCGAAAGGGUGACGACGAUAGCGAUGCUAUCAAUCUCACCCCGGGAGAAAGAGAGAGAGAGAGAAAAAGAAGAUAUAAGAGAGGCAAAGAGAAUGAGAGAGAAAUGUAUUAAAUUUCUGUGGAAUAAUAUAUCCGAAUACAUCAAAGUUUAUGCCGUGAUCCAUUAGCGCCUCGAAUUACUCGGUUGUAUAUUACGUUCGUGAUACUUUCCGCGCGCAUUGAUCUUGCUUUAUCGCCCCCCUCCCUCCCUUGUAUAUUUAUAUCGCACUCUCGCCACGUUUAUCUCACUUAUUAUUUAUUCACCAUUUUAUAUCGUUGUAUUCGUUUGACCGUGUUGACACGGGAACCGGCUGCGUCGGUUAAGUGGUAAAACGAAGGAAGCAUAACGAAGUGCAGAUCGUCAUUAUUCAACUAUUAUUUAAACUUGAAUAGCAAUGGAUGGUAAGCUGGUGGCGCGAAACAGGAAUAACAUCUGCGCGUCGCGACGAAAGAUGGAUCGAGGCAUGAACUUUGCGAUACAACAUACACAUACAUACAUACAUACAAUAUACACAAGGAGAUCGAAAAAGAUUCAAUUACCUCUAAACGAUUGAUAAUUAUAGCUUUAAAUGAAGAGACCAAAUAAUUAAAGAAGAGUCCUUAUUCUCUUACGAAAGAGGCAGUCUUAGGGGGACCCGAAUUAAGCAAUUUUACAAAGAAAGAGUAUCCGUCUAAGAUUACUGUAUCCUCUGUACAUACGUACAUACAUACAUACAUAUAUAUACGUAUAUACUUGUAUGUAGAAUUAGAAUUCCGACCGUGCUGAUCUGAGUGGCGGAUCAACUGCGGAAAAUCGCGCGAGCGAUCGUUCGAUCGAUCGAGGGUGCGAGGAUCGAGAGUUUUUAGCCUGAUAGCGCGAAGAUCCCAGCUCCGUCUGUCGCCGUCAUGACGUCGAGUGCUCCGAGUGCAAAUAACGAUAAGAGAUACGCUGUCUGUCUCGUCGCUUGCGUGUAUCCGGCGGGUGUAACUUAGCCUCCCACGUAAUAAACAUAGCUUCUAUACCGUUUGCGUGAGCGAACACUGUGGCGUAUAUGUACACACAUACACACACAUGGCAUAGCGGCGUUCUCAGCGUAGCCAGCGUAGUGACCGUUCUCGAAUUAAAAGUGUAAAAAAUGUCGGAGAUGUAUACGUACAUUUAGUUGAACGUAAGAUCAUGUCGUUCGUACGACGGUACAAGUCAUCCGCGAGAUUCGAGAGAGAAAGAAUGUGUGUGUGUGUGAGAGAGAGAGAAAGAGAAAUCUUAUGUUUCUUACUGAAAUGGGAUAAACAUUAUUUUUCACAGAUUUGUAAGCUAUAUAUAUUUUCUUAAUAACGUCGCGCGCGCGUCAAGGAAUCGUUCCGCCUCGCAGAAGACACCCUCGAAUCUACGGAUAGCUCUCUUUGUAUAUAUGUGCACCCUCUAUCAUCGACGGACCUGUUGUGUACGCCUAAGGACUCGUCGAGCGGAAGUAGGUAGAAAACGCAAUCAACGAGACACAAUCGCCGCCACGAUCAUCCAUUCGACAACGACGCUACUCCCGGUUCCUCCCUUUCUUUCCUCGAUGUGCGAAUCCUUCGUCGGCGCGUCUCGCACUCCGCGCAAAUUCUCUCGAUGUGUAUAUUUGCAUGUAAAUAUCUCUGUAUCCGCGUAUACUCGGCGCAACGAGAGGCGAAAGAGAAACACUGUCGCCGUCUGAUCGCGCGAGCCUCUUCUCCUCGAUCGAAGAAACCUUCCCGUCGACGGGAUCCGUGAGCGAGCGAGUGAGUGAGCAAUGAAGACGAAAGAGAAGAAGAAGAAGGAAAAGAGGAGAAGAGGAAAGAAGAAACGGAGAGUAUUCUCAGUGUAAUAUCGCCCGCGGACACUGUGAGCGUAGAGUUUAAGAUCUGUCAAUUCGUGACACGCUAUAAAUUCUAAACCUGUGAUUUAUCGAGUCUAACUUUAGGGAUUAGCUUUAAAGCUCUUGGUAGUACGAACCAGAUGAUGACAUACGCGAUCUAUGCGAUCUAAAUACUCUAUACAUAUUAUACAUACGAUGAUCCGUACACUCUCUCUCGACUUAUAAACAUAUAAACAUAUCGUAUACUACUCUGCACGCUCCGUUGUAAUCAACGGAGGGACAAAGGGACCGCUGACCCGAGCGUUAAUCCUUAAUCAAUAUGAUAAACGUUCGCGCGUUCUGCUCGAAAUUAACACUCGAGUCAUCUUGGCAUCUGAGAGUUCCCGCGGACUCCGUCGGGUUCCGCUCGAAUCGCUUUGGUUUUCCGUACGAAGGAGCGACGACCAUCCGCAGAUAAAAAGUGUAUUUUCCACGGACCAAAGUAACAUCGUCUGUUUUGCGCCUGUGAUUUUUUUCUUACUUUUUUUUCAAGUCCUCACCGUUACACGAUCAGACGAUCACUCGCUCGCAGGAGAGCUCACCCGUCAUGCUGGUUAAGGAUUAAAUGUAUUUUUUCAAGCGAUUAACCGUUGUAAUUAAGAGUGCGAGAGCUCGCGACCUUUGACGUCGAUCGUGCGGGAGAACGAAGGGCGCGAUGUGGUAACGAAGAGAAAGGAAGAAAGAGAGAGAAAGAGAGAGACCUUUUCUUUACAUCGAUAACUUUAUAUAGUCGAUCCUUCUUGUAGAUAGCCCCGAGCGGGUCUAAACCUUUUUAUUGAAUGAACUCUGUCACACGUCCUGUA